UUCAGUUUCAGUUUGAACGUCGAACGCCGAGAACCUCGAGGUGCCGCUCUUGCUGUCGGUUCGCUGAACCAAUCGGGCUGAAGCCAUUGAAACGCGUGUGAACGGCAGUACGACGAUAUAUUCAUAGCUUGAACUUUAAGCAGAUAAUGUGAAAAAAACAACCGAAAGGCAAUCGAUAUGUGCAAACAUAUAUGUAUAUAUAUGUACGUAUAUGUGUAUGAGAAGUUACAUUAGAUCAUGCCUGCUGAUAUAUAUCUAUAAAUAUAGGCAAGAAAUGGAAAUAAAAGUGUUGAGAUCAAUCAUUUUUCAAUUUGCUUAUGGGACGUUUCAAGCUAAUACAGUCAGCGAAAUGUUUGUUGGAAACGAUUAGAGUAAGAGAAAUCUUGAUGGAAAUAGUAAUCGUUUUGGAGCGUAAAAGGAAAACCGAAUAUUUGUAUGGCUUACAUAGCUGCAGAAGUACAGUGAAUUGAGGACUCAAAUUGAUAAACAUCCAUAUGCAAUAAAAAAAAUAAGAAAAUAAGACAAGUAGAAAGAAAAGCUAAACAAAAUGUAUGGCUGGCAACGAUAAAGUCAGGAUUAACAGCUGAUAUUGGUGACUGAAAUCAACACUUCCAAACACACAAGCUUCAAAAAUAAUCUCUUAUAAACGUCCGACCAGCUGACAAAAAUGGUGGAGAAACGUUCAGGAAAAGAUAUUCCAAAGUCAAUGCGAGUGGUUUUGAGUGCUCCGAUAUCCUCAUCACUAGCGCUCUUGAUAUGUUUGGGCCUAGUUGGACGCUCUCGUGCCCAAGUUGAUACCACUAUCAGUAGACAAGAAAGUCUAUCAGUUGAGCUACCGUGUCCCGUUAAUGUAGAUAAGUGCGGAAAACUCCAUUCACUUAAUUGGUUUAAAGGCGAUGAUCGAAUUGCUGCAAUGCUCCUUGGAGAAAGUAAUGUAACCAGUGUUGAUAAGGAAUUUGACAAAAGGGUAACUGUUAAGCAAAACCCAUACAGUCUAGUUAUACAGGACUUAAAAAUAGCCGAUGAAGAUAUUUAUCUAUGUGAUACUACAUUUUUUAUACCAGAAGAAACGUGUGAUAACUUCAAUGGAUAUCGAAUCGAAUUGAGAGUCUUAGAAAACAUUGUGCCACCUACUGAGGUUGUUAUUUUGGAUGCAAAAGGCGAUCGAAUCGAGAACGGCAGCUCAGUUGGGCCCAUGCAGGAACGCCAGUCCCUCAAAGCAACAUGUACCGUAAAGAACACACGCCCUCAACCAGAAGUCGGCUGGUUCCGUGGGACCAAGAGACUAACAACUUAUUCCCCCACUCAUGACUUGAACAAUGGCCUUUAUACCUCAACACUCGAGUUGGACUGGCCGUUGUCCCGCGAAGAUCUGGCUCAGGACAUUGAAUGUCGCGUGAAGUCUGCUGCCAUACCAAAUACAACUGUAUCAAAAUUUAGGGUGGACUUGCAAGUUCGUCCAACAAGUAUCGAUAUAAAUGGAGUAAAACACCACACAGUGCAAGGCAGCAAAGUGGUUUUAACAUGUGAUAUUCACGGGGCUCGACCAGCUGUCAACCUUACGUGGUAUAAUUCAACUACCGUAAUCAGUCCUAGUGAAAAUGACAUGACCGAAAUUCGGAUUAAAUCGUUUGAAAAGAAUGAUGGCACAUAUCAUACUCAAUCAGAGCUUAUUUUUAAUGCCACUCGCUUUGAGAAUGACCGCGCUUUUCGAUGUGAAGCUGAAAAUGCUGUUUUGCAAAUCAAUCGAGAAAAACCAAUUUCAUCUGCACUUACAUUGGAAGUUUUAUAUCCCCCCGUUGUCAAAGUCAGUCCAUCUGAUAUAAUUACCAAAACAAGUGAAAUAGUUCUUCUCAAUUGUGAAUAUGUAGCGAAUCCUGCAUCUCUAACCAAAGUUGAAUGGUUCCGCAAUGAUGAUCUAGUAAAUGUAAAUGACUCGAGUCAUUACAAGGGCGGCAAUUCUGAAAAUGUGGCUCUCGUUAUUAGAUCAACAGAAAGAGAUGACAUCGGAAAUUAUUCUUGUCAAUUAUCAAAUACUAUUGGAAAAGGAAUUUCUGAUCAAAAAAUUAAUCUUGACGUGCACUACGUCCCAAUCGUCGAGAUCUUAAUGAUACCGGAGGGACCUGUAAAGGAAAGUGAUGAAUCAAAUGUCACCCUUUUUUGCAAUGUAUUAGAUGCCAAUCCCCUAGCUCUUACCAAAGUGAGGUGGUACGCCAACUCUACGCUUCUUAAGGAACUGCCAGACUGUGAAGAAACCAGAGAAGAUUUAUGCCACAUAGAUCCAAGUAAACUUUUAUUGGAGAGUAUUGGACGUGGCUUCUUCUACAAUUAUUCCUGUGAAGGAUUCAAUUCUGCAGGCUGGGGUCCGCGCAGUGAAGACAAGGAACUUAUGGUACAUUACGAACCGGGACCUUCAACACUAACUCAUUUUCCGUUAGUCGCUGUGAAAAAAAAGAGCGUGACUUUCUCGUGCUCGGUUGAUGAUCCCGGAUAUCCAGACACAAAUAGAUAUCGUUGGAUGCGUGGCGGUCGGGGUCCUCUGCAGGACAUUGUGACGAAGGACUGGACGGUGGAGCCGGUUGGUCUAGAUAGUCGGACGAAUUAUUCUUGCUUCGCGUACAAUGAAGGCGGCAGAGGAGUUAUGGCUACAGUAAGCUUGGAGGUACACGCACCGCCAUUUUUCAUCAAAAACUUACCACCUUACACGGGAGUAUUGCACUCCUCGCCCAAUGCAACUUUGACCUGUCGAAUUGAGUGCGUCCCGCGCUGUGAGAUAUCUUGGCAGAAGGACGGUGAGCCAAUAGAGAAAAACGAUACCCGUUAUUUUGUUAAGGAAAAAUACAUGGAGGCAUCCCCCGCCACAGGUGAUUUUGAAAGCAUGCUAUCAGUUUUGCAUUUCAAUAUGCCAAAUUGGCCUCUUGCCAAAUUUGAUAUCGAGGCGGAUAAUGCGAACUAUUCGUGCGUGUCAACAGGCAAUACAGUAGGUGCUAGCAUCAGGAGUCGCACUUAUUUUGGCAUUGAAUACGCUCCUGAAAAUAUUACGGUUUCGGAGAACGUUGUGUUUGUCCAAGAAGAUACCAUACCAGGACGUGUAAUAUGUAAAUCCCGAGCUAACCCAGAACCUUCUUAUAAGUGGUUUUUCAAAAACGAAACAAUAGCCAAUGGAAAUGCAUUAAUUAUUAAUAAGGCAAUGGAAAGAAAAGAUAAUGGCACGUAUACCUGCCUUGCCUAUAACAAGCAUGGGACCAGUAUUGCUGAAACUGUAAUCGAAGUUCAAUUUAAACCACGCUGCGAAAUUGAGAGAAGAGAAAUUGAUGAUCAGGACACGCUUAUUUGCACUGCCUUUGGAAAUCCCGUAGAGAGUGAUUUCUCUUGGUCAAUAAAAGCUGACAAUGAAACGGUUGAAGUUUUGGAUAGCGGUGACAAAAAAUCAUUUUUGGAAAAGAGCUUUUACGUUUUGCAAGCGGACUAUGCCAUUUCCAGAACUUAUAGAUGUGUGGCGAAUAACACAAUUGGUUCUGGAACAUUUUGUGAAAUUGAAGUAGCUGCUGCUUCAUCGCUUUUAAUAUGGUGGCAAGUACGACCAAAAAAGCAACUGGCAUGGUGGCAGCUCUGGGAGAAGAAUACACUUAUCAUAUUAGUUGCUGCUAUUAUGGGAUUAUUGCUGACCGUGAUUAUUAUAUGUUGCAUAAUUAUAUGCAUUUGCCGUCGUCGUCGUCGCCAGGAUAAAUUACACGGCAAGUCGUCUUCACUGGGGGAACCAUUGACGGAACCUGGCGAGUAUGAGAAUCUUCCAUUUCAUGGUCUGCAAACGGCACCUAAUAAGUGCUCUACUACCCCUAUAAAUUUUAAAAGCAACGCAAAUUCGGUGCGUGAUCUUCAGCGAAUCAAGGGACUUAAUGGAAAUGCCAAUCAAGAUCGUCAGACUACUCAACAUCCGCAUUUAUACCAGGAACAAACUUUUUGCGAGCAAGAAUUACAAUAUGUUCACAGAUCACAAUACAAUACCAUACACCGUAAAUCACCAGUUGGUGAUCAACACAAUAAAUGCGUAACUGAACUAGACUCCAAUCGUCAAGUUCUACAUAACCUAAGCAAAUGCUUCCCCAAGAGUUACACUGAGUAUUACCAUCAAAAUCAGCAACAUCAUCAAAUCCAGUUUCCAACAGCAAAGGAUCAGAUAAACACAAAUUCCUUGACUAACGUUCAGCUAACCAAUGCCAUAGAUCAUGAUUAUCUGCCCAGUUACACUGCAAUGAGCCGACCAACAGCUAUUCCACACUCGACACUGCUAAGCACUAACCCCUUUCUGGCUGCUACCAACUUUAAGAAAUACGUUAAAGAGGGAGAAGACCUCUCCGGAAGUAUGCCACGUGAAAAACACAGAAAAAACACUCUGGAUUUGGAGAAAAAGUUUUAUUCGCUAAAGUUCCCAGGCGGAAACAACCUUAAGAAUUGUUCAUAUAAUGAAAGCUUCUCAUCAGGUUCUAUCACAUCACCUAUACAGUCCGCUAUUGACGUUGGCAUUUUAACAACAUGCAAGAGGCACAAUUCCUUAGCUCGCCAAAGCAAAAGCGAUAUUGACCCGAGUGUGCAGACCAUGCCCCCCUGCGAUCUUCCUGCUGACGAGAAUAUGGUCGUUGAAGACACAGUCGACCAAAGUACAGAAUCAAUAAGAAUAGGAAGCAACGAUUUAAUUCUCCAUUCUCAUCAAACCUUGGCCACUGUUCAGCUGCACACUCAACUAGGCAAAGAAAUAAUAAAGAAACACCACCACCGCCAUCACCACCACCAGCAAAUAAAGAAGGAAGAAAUUGCUGAUUUGGACUUAAUGGAGGCUGAGCGCAACAGCAUUUAUCGGAGUGACUCCGGAAUAUCUAAUAGCUCCUACGAGUCUCAAUUCCCCAUAGCCUUAUCACAAAUUCGACCAUCAAAACCAAAAAAAGGAUCUGUUAAUCACUUAAUUCAAAAACAUGUUCAUAAAAAUGUGGAAGCUCAGAAAAGUGUAUUGAUUCACGUUGAUUCGCCUAACGUAUUAUUAUCUGAAAAUAAUUUUUCUGAUUGCGGUGUACCAUUAGUUAAUAAUUCAACAUCGCUUUCGCCCUGUAAAAAGCAUGCUGCCUCCCCGCAAUGCAACCAUCACCAGCCACCAUCAAUUCAGUACAAUGACAGGACUACAACAGAACCCCUUGUGCAACACCCACUUGGUCACGAGUGCGUGAAUUCGGUAUCUGCGCCAUCAGUUUCCUUCAGUCUAAACCCUUCCAGCGUUCAAGGACCAAACAAGAAAAAUCUAUUGUUGGCUAAUAAUCCAUUUCUAGCCAAAUAUGAAAAAAAAAACGCUGUCAACGGUAAAAGCAACAACAGGAUGUUGCGACGGAAAACCAUCAGUAACCCGUACGAACAUAUCCAAAAGCAUCAAUAUGCAGGCCCUAGCGACAAUUGUGCUCGCUCCAGAGAAAACCAAGGCUUCCAUUCAAAUGCCAAUCAAAUUCACAGUUCUGGCCCCAAAUUUGAAUCGGGUGAUUCACAAACAGCAUUACCAGAGCAAAUGAAAAUUAUCAGCCGUGCAGCUGAAACUACCAGCAGAAAGAUCGGGAAUCGUGCCAACCGACAAGUGUUAAUUGUGCCCGAGAUUUCUUUAAACGCCAUAAUAGGUUCUUCCGAUGAUGGGGAAUAUGAUUGCCUAGUGGCUCGACGGCCUAUACGCCUACCAUUGCGUAAACAUCACACCUUUCAUUUCCAUAACACACAGACAGCUAAUGGCAAGUUAUAUGAGCUGCGGGAGCUACUGCAACUGCAGAUGCAAGAAAGGGCUAAGUUCGAACAAGAAGGGGUUCCUUUAGUAAUUGGUCCGGUGGAGUUGAGUGAACAACACGCCUUUAAGCCGAUUUCACCAACACCUACAUUAACAGCUUCGGCAGAGCAGAAGUCAAGAUAUCAGAAUCAAAAUGACUGUCCUUUUUCGCAAAAAGAAGAUGAUGAAGAUCUUGGAUACAGUUUCUGUGAAGAAGAAUGCAUGGUAGACAGCGAUAACUAUCCCACCUCGGACAAUCGUAGCACUGCCCCUGCUUCUAACUCCAUUACAUCGAAAGCUAUUUAAAACGAGUCUGCAUGUGCUCUGGAUAGUUUAUAUAGCAAAGCAGUUGUGAAGUUCAUACUUAGAUAUAAAAUUAAAAAUUAACACAAGCCUAAGUGACGCAGACAAGGUAUUUUAUAUUGAACAUAGUUAGCAUUUAAUUAAACAAUAAAUAUGUAAAAACUGUUUAUUAAAAUCCAAAACAAAAUUGUAAUAUUGUCAGUGGAACAAUAUGAAUGUUUGAUGUUUAUUGAAAUGUGUAUACCCGUUACUCUUACAGCAAAAGUAUAAGUUGUAUGUAGUGGUUGUAAAUUGUAUGUAACAGGUAAAAGGGCUCGUUUACGACCCUAUUAAGAAUGGACAUAUGGUGGUAUGUUGAUGUUCACUAUUCUAGAUGAUUUUCUUCUUCAUUCUGUCUGUCUGUCUGUAAACGUGCUCAGUGCCCCGCGAUUUCCUAUGCCCACAAAUUUACAAAAUCUGUACCACCCACAAUUUUAAUGUUUUAAUUCUGAUUUAAAUUAAUUCCAACAUUCCUACAAAUUUCAACAAAAUACUGAGUUUAUUUUUAUUGAAAUGCAUUUAUUUUGUCAGUACCCAAAGAUUUGGUUAACAGAGUAACGGGUGUUAGAUUUAAUAUAGUCGAGACACUCGACUAUAGCUUUUCUCCUUGCCUAGAAUUCAGUUGGCAUAUCCGACUGAAGUUUUGUAGUCUAUUCAGACAUAUCUUCAUUGACAUUUUAUAUGAAACAAGUAGAAUAUUUACAAUGUUAUCCCAUAACUUAGCUGAGCGGUUUUUCUUUGUUUUUAACUCUUCUUAUUCCUUUUGAUAUCCCCCCCCCCCCAUUUUUUUUAUAAAUAGUUAUGUACGAAUCGAUAUAACAAGCCAAUGUUAAA